AUGUCCAACUAUAUCAACCCUCUCCACCCUCCCAUUCCCUCCGCCGCUCACUCCUCCUACACCGCCCUAGCCAACGCCUGCCCCCAAACGCUCCCCCUUCAACCUCCCUUCGGUCCCAUCCUCCCCACCGUCCGUCGCCUCCCCCAGACUCCAUGGACUCCCCACUCCAAAUGGAAUGCCACCAUGUCCCGCAGCAAACCUUCGCAGCCGAUCAUGUUCGACCUUUUUGGUGCACGGAGCAUGGGACUCGGAGUGCCCAUGCGCGAAAUGUCAACUAGGAGUGCCAACGCGAUCGAACAAAUGAUCGUAGGUGCGAGGGAUAAUGUAGCUGCACUGAUGGCUGGCUCGGGCGGCACUCGCAAGAUUCGUUUCCGCAUUAUGUGGCCUGGAUACGAGCAUCUCGACUUCAAUCGCACCAUCGAGUUGUGCACUCAGAACGGGCCCAUCACACGCGGUCAGAUUGUUUCGCAAAUCUCGAGCAUGUUUGCUCGCUUUCUUGAGAGGCUGCCAAGCGAGGCUCCAGGACCACACGGUCAAGAAUGGCGUACUGGACCCCCUGGAAGGGGCAUCAGCUACGACCGCCUUAUCCUCGUUGCUCUCUGGAACGUUUUCGAGGACACUUGGAUGGCCGAAGUCCUCGUUGACGUCCGGUAAAAGCAGCACGAACGAAAAACAUUUUGUAUCAUUGGAUCAUCGCAUAUGUUCCUUGUUCAUAAUUGACUCUGCAAUCAUCUGGCUGUAUUACUAGUAACUUUCUCCUCUCUUCUUUCUUGGAUUUCUUGGUGCUAUCAGCAUAUUAUUUUAUCUCAUGUAUCCUUAAUACCAUAUUCCAGCAUCCUCAUUAUCCUCUAACCCACUUCGUUAUAUAUACCCUGUAGAUAAUUUCCAUCUAUCUAAUAGAAUGAUAUUUGUUUCUUACAUCUUAA